AUGCGGGAGGUUUCCACGGCAUUGGCAGCUCUUGCCUGGUACCGGCGGCGGCAGCGUGCACGGCCUUUCCCUCCAGCUCGGGUCCCUGAGGAUGUCCUUCGACGAGGAUUGCGCAAGCAGGACCUUCCUGAGGAGGCCGAUGCCAUCAUCAUUGGCGCAGGCCCCGCCGGGCUCGCACUGGGCGUUAUGCUGGGACGCUUGGGGCGCCGCGUGCUGGUGCUGGAGCAGCAUGAUCGAGCGGGAGGCGGUCUACAUUGCUUUCAAGAGCAAGGUUACGACUUCGAGACGGGCUUCCACUACGCAGGAGAGAUGAGGAAGGGCCAGGAGCUUCGCGCAAUUGUGGACUCGCUGACGAACGAGGAGGUAGAGUUUGCCAAUUUGGACACUUUGCCCAAAUUCUGGAGUCCUGCCGCGCUCGCAGAAGUUGCCCGGAAUUGUGUGUACCAACCGUUUACUCUGCAGCUUGGUGACAAGGAGCAUGGGCAAGACUUCAUCUACGACAAGGCCCGCAAGAUUGCGCGCCUUUCUUUCACUAGGGUUCUUAACAGUCUGAAAGGAGCCAACAACAAGGGUCCUUUCAGCAACCCGCUACGCUUGUUCAGCAUUUCCGCUAAAUUGAAAAAGGUCGUCUUCAGCGACGGAGACAAGUUUGGUGUCCCGCCUCCUUGCACGAUUUACGAGUUGUGCCAAUGA